AGAGAAGUAGGAGACGGACGUAAAGCGUCCCGGAGGAGGAUGGAAAGAGCGAUAGGGAUAGAGACGGAAAGGGAGAGGAAGAGAGAGAAGGUAGGCGUCGGUGCAUGCGCAAGAAUUUCACACGUGAGCCCGCGAAUCUGCGAGAGGCUCGCCUUGAGCGCGAGACUUCCUGCCGUUCAGUGUCGUGCGCGGUUUCGUACGCGACGCUUCGUUGUUAUUAUCGUCGUCCUUGUCGUCGUCCUCGUAGUUUUCCCUCCGACUCCUUCGCCGACUCCUUUCCUGCGACCUCGAUCCAUACGCGACGCCAGAUUGAAACGAUUCGUCUUCCCGCUGGAUAGGACAGUACAUUCCUUUCUUUACUUUUCGAAUAACAAAUAAAAUAUGUCGAAGAAAGUAGUGUCUACGGGCGGAUCGUUGCUUAAAACCUUGAAAAUUCUCAAAAGGUCUUCGACGUCGCCGGACGUUUUUUGAAAGGUCACGUCUGCUCGAUCGUUCGUGAUGCGAAACUCCUCCAAAGAGGAAAUCUUCCGAAGAAGAACGGAAGACCGAGAGAGAAUCGACCGAUGGAACUUGCAGGGAGAAAAAGAACCUGAUUCUCCGUGCAAUUAAAGCCCUCGAGUGUUCGCUCGGCGUGAUCGAAAAGGCGUCUCAUUUCGAUUCUCUUUCGAUGAAUUGAUUCGAAAGACGUCAAAGCGAAAGGGAGUCAUUCGCGAGAAGUAUUACAUUUUCCACGACAUACCGACUUUUGAAACGAUAAAAGUGUCGAGAACUAUAAAAUCGAAUGAAAAGGAUCAUCGUACCUUGUUCGAUUUAUCGAAAACGCGUUAUCAUCGUGUUACCGUCGAAGCGAUCGAGUCGAUGACCGAAUAACCGAUAAGUGGCACUUCGCUGUAACGCCCGUGACGAUCUAGUGCGUGAAAUCUCAGCGCGUAAUGACUCGUGAUUGAAGGAAGGCCGUGAGUUCCGUUGGAACACGCUCGAGGGACACCUAGAGAGCGGGCAUUUGCUGUAUAAUUGAACCGUACCAUAAUGACAAGGUGCACGCGAGCCGACGAAUCGACUGCGUGACCGUGAGUGAGCGAAAUCAAACUGGAGAGAGAGAGAGAGAGAGAGAGAGAGAGAGAGAGAUAGGAGGGGGACGAAAAUCGAAAAAGAUCGAGGAGCACGUUCGAUGACUUUCUCGGCGUAAAACGAAGAAAAGUGCCCUCGUAACGGCGACAACUCUUCGCCCUAAAGCGCAAGGACGCGGCAGGAUUUAAUUAAGGAUACUAAAAUGGAUACCUCGCCGACCCUAAGUAUCGGCGGAUCGAGAGCCAGAGCCGCUCUUUUGACGACCAGCGGCACGGGAAGCGGCGGUACCGACAGGAGGGUCGUUUUUCUGACGAGUCAAACGGUCGACGGUAGCGGACACGAGACGAAAACAUGGCCGCAUCAUUGGUCACCCCACACGCCAGGCAAGAGAUAUAAGUCGCCGGAGGAUUCACCACGCUCGGAGCAAAGCAAAGUGAGGAUGUCUCGCAACCAAAGCGGAUGGUCGGAGGAGGCAGGAAGUUCGGAGGGCGUUCAACGACGUAGCGGAACGAGACAGACGCUCGGUACAACGCAAUCCUUAAAAACAACGAGCACAGUCCUCGAAGAGAGGACGUCUCCCGGGGCAACCUGCAAAGGUGGAUUCAGGUUAGGCAUCUACGGUUGGAGGAAAAGGUGUUUGUAUUCUCUGGUCUUCACACUCAUGGUCAUCGUCAUCCUCAAUCUCGCUCUCACUGUCUGGCUUCUUAAAGUCAUGGGAUUCACUUCCAAGGGCCGGGGGGAUGUUAUUUGGAUUUCAUUACGUCCUCCAACCUGGAAGAGAGAGGAAGAGGGAGAGCCGAGGAGUUCCUCCUACACGUAUGCUUCGCCGUCGAAUCGUGUUUCCGCAUUUCUGGCGAUAUCGAAGGGGAGAAAUUGGAGCAAUGCCCGUGCCACGAACGACACCCUUGCACCGCAUCGGACGCCUGAGGGUAUCGGCUCGCUAAAAGUGGUGCCCGGGGGGAUCGAGCUAAAAGGUCAGGCCGCUAUUCUAGACGCCCUCGUGGCCUCCAGCCUUAGGUCUCGAAGAGGCAAAAAUCUAGUGCUCGAAUCGUGGAGCAAUUUUACGGCCACGGCGAGGUCGCACGAUGGUCGAUUGUUAGCGAGAUUAACCGUGGGCGAGGAUCGCGUCGACUGCAUCUCGAGAAGUUUCCGAAUAACCGAUCCACGAGGAGGAGUUCUUUUCUCCGCGAAUAGAGAACAAGUCUUGGUAGGAGCAGACAUGUUGAAGGUAACUGGCGAUGGGGGUGCCGUUUUCCAGGGUAGCGUGCAGACGCCGUUGGUUAGAGGAGAAUCUGGGAGAGGUCUCAGAUUGGAAUCUGCUACGAGAUCAUUAAAGAUUAGUGCACCUCAGCGGGUAGUACUGGAAUCGUGGGCGAACGAGAUCUCGGCGUCCUGCUUGACCGACUUGAAAUUGCAGAGCAUACACGGUGCUAUAAAGCUCGAUUCCAAAUCCGUCUUUCUAAAAGGUCUGAAGACAGCUGUCACGGUCCAAGGACGAUCCUCGAGAGAACAGCAGCAACAGCAACCAGAACAAGAACAGCAGCAACAAGAGCAACAGCAACAGCAACAGCAGCAGCAGCAACAACAACAACAACAACAGCAACCGCAACAACAGCAACAGCAACGCUCUUCUAGAUCCUCUACUCAUCAAAAUCAAAGGGAGACGAGCAUUUAUCAGCUCUGUGCCUGCGCAAACGGAAAGCUCUUUCUUGCCAGACCCGAGGGUAUCUGUCAAGCGGACAAAUCCGUUUGCUAAUGCGCCGACGCGUCGUGCAAAUAAAGUUCGUAGAACGAAACGACAUCGUCGACGGUCUGUGCGAAUGAAGAUCCUCGUACGGACGAUGGAAAACACACCGCGAUCUACCGCAGGUGGAUCAGGGACGAGGCCUUUUUUGGAAAACAUUGCAACAGUAUCAAAUCAAUCGAACCCGUUGAAGAAGCGAUCGAAUUACUCCUCGAUACUCGCUCGACCUAAGAUUUUCUACGUAGCGGAAAGGAGAGAGUCGUUAGGAAGUUCGAUCGCUCCUUCGAUUCGUUGGAUUUCGAUCGCACAUUGUAUAUUACCCUUUAGGUGCGUCUGCGUCGACCCACGGAGUAGCUUCGCGUGAGUCGUGUGUGCCCGGUGACGCGCGGAAACUCGAUCAACGACGAUGACGACGACGACGACGACGACGACGACGACGACGCGGAUUUCCUAGGGUUCUGCGGACAUCUAUGUGUAUGUAGCAUUGUUGCUGGCGCUACCCCGCGAUGUAUAUCUUGUAUAGCAGUGAAAACGUAACGUGCAGUUACCGUUUAGACGACAGAAGCAUCAUUAAAUAACAAAAGUCUCCGGCUCCUCGUCUAUCCGCUUCCCUCAACCAUUUUUUUUUUUACAUUUUCUUUUUUUCUUAGCACGACUUUUAUUUCUCCCUCUUUUUCUUAGACACACCAUCUUUUACUUUCGGAACGAGUGAACGAAGAAACGGUCUAACAUCGAUUACAUUGCGAGAUGUAACUUCGACCUACCAAACGAUAUUCUCUCUUUUAGCGACGACGAACGAAUCUUUCUUCGAUACGCGAUACAACGCCUAAUUCGUAAUGCCAAUUAGUGGUACGUCGUAUAAUUCAGGAUUGUUUAUUUUCGAUCGCGUUUUGUGGUAAACCCGAAGGAAAAGAAAAAUGUAGUUAUUGUAAAAGGAUCAGGAUGCGAUCCAGCUUGUACGCUGUACGUCGGCCAUGUCCAUCUAUUUAUGUAUGUGGCAAUAAAGUCGUUAUUGUUACUAUUA